GAGAAACUUCGACCAGGACAGAACAGAAUAGGAGGCUGCAUCGACAGACGGCGAAUUUCUUUUCUUCACCUCGCUGAGCCUCUUGCUUCUCAGCUCGACUUUGAACUAUCUUUUACAAUAGAUCCCGUGAUGGCCUCACCUCAGCCUACAUUCGUGAUGGUUCCCCAGUGGACCAACAACCCAGCCGUCCAACCCAUGGCCUUUCCAACGGCAACUAAACCAGAACGUGUACAAGUGUUGUACAAAGGUGAACCCAAAGCCCUAGGGGCAACACAACUCGCUCUGGCCUUUUUACAAAUCGCUUUCGGGACCGUUUUGUUUUUCACUGUUACCGAUGGGUUACCGAUUAGCUCCUACAGUGGCAUCAACUUCUGGGGAGCCUUAUUUUAUAUCAUCUCGGGAUCUCUGUCGGUUGCCGUAGAGAAGCGCCCUACUCCUUCCAUGAUUCGUGGAUUCCUAGCGAUGAAUAUCAUUAGCGCCAUUAUUUCUCUUGCCGCUGCCUGUUUGUUCAUGACCGAUAUGUUUGUUUAUUAUUGCUAUGACUACAAUGGUUGCUAUAACAACGACGAUUACACGUUAGAAGCAAACAGAAUUACAUGUCUGGUGUUCCUUGUCAUUGCCUCUCUCCUGCAGUUCUGCAUCUCUGUUUCGCUAUCUGCGUUUGGAUGCAAAUCCGUCUGCCGCCAGUCCAGCUCGCCGUCCCAGGUCCUCGUGAUACCGAAUGAUUACAGAAAUCCAGAAACCAACCAGAUACCUGUCGCCGGGAACCCAUAUCCAUACUUACCUCAACAUAAUGCUGGUGGUCAGGGGAAUUCUGGGUUUGUGAUCCCAACGGUUCAUCCACCAAGGAAUUAAACAACCCAACUGUCCCAAAAGAGCUCUUCAACCUUUACAUACCCAAUCAAAUCAAAGAUAGAAUUUCAAGAUGCCCCGACUUCAUUCUAACUGAAGAUACACAGAGAUUUAAUUAUAGAGAUGAUAAGCUUGGGAAAGUUCAUAGUCUUCUAAAGGUGGCUCAUCGGCUUCAAAUUACAUCAAUAUGGAUACUUUGGGUCACAAACAGAGGCGUAUUUUGGCCCCAGCCACCCCCAACCACUUACUCCGUCGGCCGCAGUCUACCAUGAUGACAUCAUAUGCCGGUGCAUUGCAUGUGCGGAGCAGAGGACGGUCACUAUGGAGCCUGUUCUCCAUAGUUCAUUCAGGUCGGUCACAAGUGAGAUUUAUGAUUUCCCCCACCGGCCCGCGAGUAAGUGGCGCAACGGGGAACCUGAAUGGCCUAGGUCUAGGUGGCCUCCUAAGAGAAUGACGGAAGUUGCUAAAACUCGAGCCUUAGUGAAUAAACCCCAUGUCCCUCUACUGUAUCUUUUUACUGACUGUAAGAAUAUAUGUACGUCCUGUGAAUAAAUAAAAUAUUAAUUCUAUAGAAUAAA